AUGAAAUCCGCGACCCCUCCUCGAUCACACAUCGCAGCUUGGCAGCUCGCUGAGAUCAACAUGUCCGCCAAGCGCAAGGCGGAAGGAGACGACCAGGAGCAUGGAGAUGCUGAUGAGCCCUCCUCCCCCAAGCGACUAAGCGCCAGACCCGCCCGGUCCAGGGACGAGUACCACAAUACCCAAGCCGGCUUCGUGCACUACCCGCCGUCCAAAGUCUACCGGCUGAUCGAGCCCGGCCCCGUGCUGCUCGUCACCACCGGCUCGCUCGCCGACUCGACGCACAACAUCAUGACCAUCGGCUUCCACAUGGUCAUGCAGCACGAGUCGCCGCCGCUGAUUGGCAUCAUCCUGGGGCCGUGGGACGCGUCCUUUGAGACGCUCAAGGAGCGCAAGGAGUGCGUCCUCGCCGUGCCGGACGUCGAGAUGGCGGAGGUCGUGGUAGACGUGGGCAACUGCUCCUCGACAGACGACGACUACCAUGGCGCUGACAGGGACGUGUGCUGGAAGUGGGAGCACUUCGGCCUCGAGCCCCUGCAGGCAGCACGCGUCAAGGCGCCCCUGGUGGGCGGGCCUAGUGUGAUUGCCAACAUCGAGUGCGUCGUCGAGGAUACACAAAUGGUCACCAAGUAUUCGAUGUGGGUGCUCAGGCCGGUCAAGGCGUGGAUCAACCCCAAGAAGAGACCCGGCGAGGAGGGCAAGAUGUUCCACCACCGCGGCAACGGGACGUUUGUGGUGGAUGGGGACAUCGUCGAUUUACAGGAGAGGAUGGUCAAAUGGCAGGAAUACCAACAUUGA